ACUCUGGCAUUGCUUGCCCUUCCUCUGGUCUAUAGUCUCGUCAAAUGGCUUCUCUCGACCAGGCGACCCAGUCAAUUCCCCCCCGGGCCACCAGGUGCGCCCUUUCUCGGCAACUGGCACCAGAUCCCUUCUCUCUUGCACUGCUUUAAGCUCCAUGAGUGGGCGAGGCAGUAUGGCCCCAUCAUGGGCCUCAAGCUGGGACCUCGCAACGUGGUCGUGCUGAACGAGGGCUCCCUGGUCUACGAGCUGAUCGUAAAGAAGGCCAACUCCUUCUCGGAGCGCGUCCCCAUGUACAUCGCCCAGAACCACAUCUUGCCCGAGGGCAAGCACUCCUACAGCCUGUUUAUGCGGAACGACUACGGCGGCCGGCUGCGGACCCUCUCGAAACAGACCGUUGUCGGCUCUGGGCUGAACAACCUGGCUCCUCUGCAGAAGGCGGCGGCUACGCGUUUGCUCUAUCAGCUGUACCAGGAUGGCGAGCAUUGGGUCGAGCAUCUCAAGCCAUGGUCGCUCGAAACUCCCGUCGCCAUGAUGAGCGGCGCGCCGAUCCAGGACUACGUCCGCGACUUUGGCAAGCAGUGGAUCGAAGACUAUAACCUCUCUCAGCAGCUGUGGAUCGAGCUCCUGGAUCAGCUAAGCCCGCCGGUUGACCUCUUCCCCAUCUUGCGUUGGGUGCCAGGUCUCAUCGCGGAAUGGAAGCGCAAAGCUCCGGUGGCGCGCAAGUACCUCCUGGACGCGUACAACGGGGUCAUCGAGCAGGCCGAAAAGAGCAUGAAGCGUCAGGGCGGCACCUUCAGUCACCUCGCCAUCAUUCCCAAGCUCCUCCGUCAGGAACCGGAUCAUUUCACCAACAAACAGGGGCUCGACAACACGGUCUUCAUGGGGGGCCUAUUUGAUGCCGCUGUAGGGUCCACCCUCAUGUCGUUCCAGACCCUGAUCCUCGCCCUGGCCGCCCACCCCGAGGUGCAGCGUAAGGCGCAGGAAGAAGUCGACCGCGUGUUUGGCACCGAGCAGCUGCCGGAGCAGAUCGAGCUGGACAAGCUCCCCUACAUCCACGCGUGCGUGACCGAGGCGCAGCGGUGGCGGCCCCUGGGGGCCUACUUCAUGGGCCAGUUCGGCCUGCCGCGCGAGUGCGUGCACGAGGAGGAGAUUGGCGGGUUCCGGAUCCCGCGCGGGGCGUCGGUCGUGAUCAACCAGUGGUCGAUCCACCACGACCCGGACUUCUACGACCAGCCGGGGCGGUACGACCCGGAGCGCUACGUCAAGAACCCCGUCGGCGCCAAGGAGGGCGUUUCGCAGCCCGGCCGCAAGCCCAUCUACACCUUCGGCGCCGGCCGGAGGGAGUGCAUGGGCAAGGACUUUUAUUUCCAGAACGCCCGCAUCGCCUGCGCCCAGGUCCUCUGGGCCUUCGACAUCGUCCCCGACGGGGACCUCGACAUCGACGCCCGCACCGGCUUCACCCCCGCCGUCGUCAUGAUGCCCAAGCCGUUCAAGGUCAACUUCGUCCCGCGC